AUGGAAAUCAUUAAAAAACAAUGGCUUCCAAAGAAAAUUGGGGUUCUAGUCCGGAAAGUGCAAAAGGAUGCAAUAUUAGCAGAGGCAAAAGUGAGGAGAAAUGGAAUUAGUUUGGCAUCCAAGUACUUAUGCUACAUGAAGGCAAAUGAGGAAACUA